GGAUUCUGGACAAGCUCGGACGAACACAGAAGCCGCAGUGAAACGUUGUCGAUUGUGCUCAGCGAAGGCGUCGCGAGAGCACGGAUUCAUUGGGAACAAAUGCACCUAUGGCAUAUUUUUCUUGAUUUUUUGUCCUCUAUUUCUAACUACUUAUCAUAGAUCAAAUGCACUUAUGGCAUAUUUUUCUUGAUUUUUUCUCCUCUAUUUCUAACUACUUAUCAUAGAUCAAAUGCACUUAUGGCAUAUUUUUCUUGAUUUUUUCUCCUCUAUUUCUAACUACUUAUCUAGAAGUCGAGUUGAAGACCGGUUCGCUAUCAAAGCUAGUCCUACACCAAAUACAUAGAACUAGAAGAAGUCUGAACUUGAUGAUCAUGAACAGAUAGAAUUAGAAAGAAAACUAAAUCAGAUAAUAAACUGGUCCUGCUCUGCGUCUCCACCUCAACAUCUUUUGCAUUUCUAAUCCCCGACCGUGCCUUAGCCCGGAGCCAGCUCGAAUUGCCACAAAAAGAGGAUUUAGUUUCCCUGUCCGAACUGAUGUACAACUGCAUUGCGUGGCCUAUUGCAGCUGUGCAGUCCAUGGACGAUGCCAGUCGCAUACUGAGGGACCUCUUCGUCAGAGCAUUGGUUAUGAUUGAAGAAUAUAUUCUAUACUCUUCCACCUAUGCUUAGCAAUAUUGACAACAGGUUAUGGUAGUUAACCAUAAUAUCAUGUUUCCUUGCUUUUGUUCUGAGUUUUCUACUCUCUCUCUCUCGUCUCUCUAAUGCGACCGAUGCUUUCGCAGUCAUGAGCGAGGUGCAAGAAAGUUUUUUCCGGGCUUAUUUCGAUGAUUCCUUUUUCCUGGCGUUCCACAAGUACACCAGUGCGCUUCUAUUGUACCUGCGAGAGGUCCAGGGUCCUGGUGGUGACAUCCGAUCUCGUCAAUUGUGCCGCGUGCUGGACGAUCUGUAUCUCGCAACCGGAAAGCAUUAUCCACAUGCAAAUCUGAAAACAAGUACAUCUUCUUCGUCUAUAGGAGUUGGUGGAGCAGGAAAGUCCGCACCAGCAGGAGCAGGGCCAGCAGGAGGAGAUGAAACCUUGCUCCAUCUUAACGACCGUGCGCCACAGCAUCAUCUUCAGGUGGACGACUGUCUUGCAGCUCUAGGCGAUGGCACUCCGCGUGGUCCGAGAGAAAACGACGCUCCGCGUGGUCCGAGAAAAAACUGCUCUCAAGAUGAC